AUGCCAAAGGCAAAUAAACGCACAAGACAAUCUCGACAAACUGCUGCCGCAAAAUGGAAAAAUAAAUCGGUGACCAAUACCGCUUCCAACAAAAAUCACGAACCUAUAGCGCUUAAUUCCAUCAACAAAAAUCGGCCUACAGUAUCUUCUUUAUUGAAUAAGACUCUUGACAGUAGUGUCAAUGAUGAUAAUUCUAAAUUAUUAUCACUCGACGCAGAAUUGAAAACAAAAACUGUCGAUAUAAAUCUCAAUACAACAAGACAAUUUCUUCAUCUUGUGAAUCAAGGGUAUACGAAGAUGAAAGCAAGUGAAAUUCUAGCCAAGAGUUUGGGUAAAGGCCCAUGGCAUGCUCGGAGUAUUCGUAUCUGGGCAAAUCAAUGGAAAAAUAACAAAGAGUUAAUAAAGUCAAAACGCGGUCAACAUAUAAAAACAAAAUCGUUGAUACAUAAUAUAAAUUUUCGACGUCAAAUAAAUCAAUAUUUGGAGGAAAAUAAAUUUAGAUUAUCCAUUCCAAAUUUUAUGAGUUAUGUUAGCCAUAUUAUGCCCGCUUUUGGAGUUAUAAGCAAAACUAUUAGCAGGUCAACUGCGUGUAGAUGGCUAAAAUUGCUUGGAUGGAGAUACCAAACUCAUACGAAAAAGAUUUAUUUUGACGGUCAUGAACGUGAAGAUGUAGUGGAGUACAGAAAUGAUUUUUUGCAGGAAAUGGCUAGGUUACGAAGACGAAUGUCCAGUUAUGAUAAAAAUUUAAACUGUAUCCCGCCAAACCUUGAUCCUGGUGAGCUUGAAAUCGUUCCUGUUACCCAAGAUGAGACUACUCUUUAUGCGAAUGAUGGUGUGAAGCAAUAUUGGAGCCCGAAGGGUGAAUAUGGCCUACGGAGAAAAUCACAAGAUGAAUUAAAGAAACUAAAACAAAAUAACGAAUUAGUUACCAAUUCACAUAUUAAUAAAUCAAUACCAAAUACAACUUUCCUUGGAAGUAUCGCAUUUUCAACUAGUCGAAGCCCCAGUAUUCACAUUAGCGAUUUUGUCUGUGAAACUAUUGGGCGUCUCAAACUUUCAGACUAUGAAAUUGCUAUAAAUGACUUACUUCCUGAUUCUAUACAUGGUACAAAAAAACCACUUCUUCGUGCUGGUAAAUAUCGCGAUGGUUCCGAGCAUGUAAUGACCUAUAGAGACAGUAAUGGUGUAUUAAGGCCUAAGGGAAUUAGACGGGUUCUUGAAGAAAGAGGUUUAUGGAUACCAGGUCUUAUAAAAAAGUGUGAUACUUGUAAAAAAAAUAAGCCUGAUCCAACCAAUCCAAACUGUUGCGCUUCGCGUAUUCUUUCAGCUCAACCUGACUUUGCAUCUUAA